ACACCAUGUCUAACUCCGGUGCAUGUUUGAACUCCGGUGAGAUGUUUUCCGUCAAGUUUCCGACGUUCCGGUUGCUAGUGGUGGAUGAUGACACACUUUAUUUGAAAAUAUUGGAACAAAUGCUUAAGAGGUGUCAAUAUGAAGUCACCACAUGUACUCGAGCAGAGGAUGCAUUGUCAUUGCUCCGCGAAGACAAAAACAAAUUUCACUUGGUUAUAUGCGAUGUCCACAUGCCAGACAUGGACGGUUUUGAACUUCUUCAGCAGAUUGCUCUGGAGACCGACGUGCCUGUUAUUAUGAUGUCUGCGGAUGAUAGAAAAAGUGUAGUUAUGAAAGGUGUGAUUCAUGGUGCACGUGAUUAUCUGAUCAAACCGUUGCGUUUUGAGUCAGUGGAGAACAUUUGGCAACACAUUGUUCGAUCAAAUAAGGACGAGUGGAAGGACAAGAUUUUGGAUCAACCGGAAGAGGUUGAGUACUCGUGUGUAGCUAAUGAAGGGAGGUUGAAAAGCUCAAAGAAAAGGACGGAAGAAAGGAGUGAUGCAGCCACAUUGAAGAAGGCACGUAUGGUCUGGUCCCCAGAACUUCGUAAAAAAUUUAUACAAGCCGUCAAUCAUCUUGGAAUUGACAGGGCAGUUCCCACAAAAAUUCUGGAAUUGAUGAAUGUUCCGGGGCUAAAAAGAGAACACGUUGCUAGCCACCUUCAGAAACAUCGACUGCUUCUACGUAAGCAUCAAAGUGGACUGAAUAAUGCUCUCAUGGGACACUCGGAAGCAACCAUUGGGACACUGUCUAACAGACUUCAAGCUCUUGCACCCAUUGAUCAACUUCCCGCUCAAAAUCUUGGGACAUGGGGUAGGCCUGCAACAAAAUCUUCGAUAUCUGUUCCGAUAGCUGACCAGAUAAACCAUUUUAGCUUUGAAAAUCCCAUAUUGAGAUAUCAAAGUCAGCAACAGAUGAACAAUAGCAAUAAGCAAAGUAACUUGCUUUAUGGAAUCCCAACAAACGUGGAACAAAAUCCGUCCUUCUUGGGAAUGAAUAUGCAAGUAGGACGGAUUUCUCAACCUUAUUUACAAGCUCAGAAUAUGCUAAGUGAAUCCAAUAAUGUUCUAUCACGGAAUGGUUUUGUUCACGAUGCACGAGGUAGUAUGUACAAUCAGGUUCCCCGAGCAUCAUCUUCAGCGGUAGAUUUCUCAUUGAAUCAAAACAUACCGUUGGGAGGAAGCAGCUUUCGUUUGAGUGACAAUUCAGCAAUGUCAACAGCUAAGGAAGAUUUUAACUCUGUUUAUAUUUUUGACGAACUAUAUCAGCAAAAUGUUGGAUCAACCUUUGAUGUGUCUUAUCAUUCCCACGGAAUUUUGUCGAUGGAGCAGAGUAGACAGAAUGUAAAUGCUCCUAUCGUGGAAGAAGUUCUCUGUAACGGGCAAGAAAUUGGACACGUUAAUCCUAUAGAUGGUCCACAUGUUAACGCUGAAAGAUAUCCCGGUUCAAGCUAUCAGAGUACCGUUUUUCCUGAGACAUUUGGACAAGAGGACCUCAGGAGCGUCUUUCUCGAGCAGCAACAACAAGAAAGUGUUGGACCGGUUGAAUAUGAAUUUGGGGACGAAGAUGAGGAUGCAUUGGGAAAUCUUUCAAUGUAAGAUGUGAAGAAACUCCGUUUUUCGUUCACUGAAGCUAAUUAUCAGCUUUAUGGCUGAAAAUUCGCUUUAGUGAACCAAUGAAACUCCGUUUUUCAUUCACUGAAGCUAAUUUUUGGACAUUGGAUUCCGGUUUCUAGCAAAUAUUUCAUUCUAAACUUGAAUAAUUUUGAAUUUUUUAUCUCAUUUUCAGAUUGAUUGUAGUGUACAGAAUUUGAGUUUUAAUUGCUAUAAAUCACAAGUAUCUG